GCUCUCACUUGGGCAAACACAGAGGUGUGCAGCACGGAAAAGGGGCAGGAAGGACAUACACCUGACGAGUGACAGACUGCCGUGGGAGGAGUGGUAGGACGUUGUGGUGGGUGGGUGGGGGUCUCUCCAUGCUGCACUAACCUGGAAACGAAUUUCUUGGGCGAUCAGAAUUACAGCAUUUGUUGGGAGAGGGCACAGCCCCUCGGCCUGUUGCCAGCGUCUUAGCCGGGGUCAGUCUUUUGCCCAGGAGCUCAAGAGGCAAGAAGUCAUCCUGCGGGAGGAGGACGUGAGAGAAGCAGCGGUUGCUGUUGGAGGAGAUUGGAAGUCCUGAGGCAGAGCAGCCAUGAUGGUUGUUUGAUUCAGGACGUGACUCUUAUCCAGCUAAAAACUGUUCUUUGGUGGGAAGGAUAGAAGUUCCUGAGGACCCCUGCUGUGUAGGCUGGCUGGCAUCGGUGGCAAUGAGUUUGUUUCUUUAUAGGUUCCUAUAGAAAUCUGUAGAUAGUUGUUCACUUUGAAUUAAGCAAGAGGACGAAAACUAUUCAUUUGGAUCCAAGGUCUGCCUGUAUAUUGGCUGUAGGGACUUAUCAUUCCUGAAAGUAAGGAAGGGGAAGAAAAUUGCACUAGGUCCAUCUCCAGUGGUGGCUAUAGUGGCCUUGGAGUGGCAGAUCAUCACCUUCAACAGGUCUGAACUCAGGAACCAUCAUCUUCACUCAGGCUGAUUGCCUCUGUCUUCUCUCUGUAUCAUUGACAGAGGCUGUGUGUUUGGAAAGGGGACUGUGUGACUGAUGAGCUGAUGACUAACUCUUGCUACAAAGUUUAUGUCUGACCCAGUGAAAGAGUGUUAAGACAUUGACCUGGGACACAUUGAGAACCAAGGCCAAGAUUGUAUAGGGCUACCUAUAUAACUGGUCUUCAACCAUGACUGGGGCUAAGAAUGAGAGUAAAAACAAAGCCAAAACUCAAAAAAGGGCUGGUAUACAAGCUGAAGCAAAGAGGGAGUCUACUGCCAUAGUCAGACCUAUAGCCAAGACCCAGGACAAAGCAAUAGCCAAGGCAGGGUCUCAAGCUGAUGCAGCGGCAGUGACGAAGGCAAGGUCUAAGAACAGGAUUGUUACUGAGAUAAAGGAAAGAGCCCUGGCAGAUUUCAGUCCCAAAGCUGAAGAUGAGGCCACUAGAGUAUCUGGGAUGUCUUCUGUGUCUGAGGCUAAUGCUGAGUCCAGGUCCAUAUGUAAAGAUAAGGCUGGUAUUGAUACCUGGUUUUGGGCUGGGGAAGAGGCCAAUGUCGGUUCCUGGUUUUGGAAUGGAGAAGAGGCUAGUAAUCGUUCCAGUGCUAAGGAUGAAGGUAAAGCUGGUAUUGGUCCCCCAUCCUGUGCUGAAAAGUUAGAGCCUGUGGCUGGGGCCAGCUGCAGAGCUAGGCCAGGGACUGAGGAGGAGGAGGAGGAAAAUGUUAUUGGGAACUGGUUUUGGGAUGGAGAUGAAGCUAGUUUUGAUCCUAAUCCUAGACCUGUGAGUAGGAUAGUUAGGCCCCAGCCUGUGGAUGAAAUUAAUGAAAAAAAUAGGCCCAAGGACUGGUCUGAGGUAACUAUCUGGCCCAAAGCCCCUGCUGUAACUCCAGCAGUGUUAGGAUUUAGAUCCCAAGUCCCAUUUGAGACAAAGCCUCCUUCAUAUAUUGUCCUGGCCUCAGCUGAGGAAAAUACCCAUUCUUUGCCUGUGGCAACAACAUGCCCUUCUAGGAGCACUACUUCAUGCUCACAGCCUGUCCCUGAGUACCCAUUUGGUUCUGACCCUUGCAUCCAGACUAUAGAGGAGAUUAGACGCCAAAUCAGGAUCAGGGAAGUGAAUGGGAUUAAGCCAUUUGCUUGCCCUUGCAAAGUGGAAUGCUACAUGGAUUCUGAGGAAUUUGAAAAACUUGUUACCUUACUUAAGUCAACUACUGAUCCUCUCAUUCAUAAAAUAGCUCAAAUUGCAAUGGGGAUCACUAAUGUUCAUCCCUUUGCCCAAGAGUUUAUUAAUGAGGUGGGUGUAGUGACGCUUAUUGAAAGCUUGCUCAGUUUUCCUUCCUCUGAAAUCAGAAAAAAGGCCGUAAUUACUCUGAAUCCUCCUUCUGGGGAUGAGAGACAACGCAAGAUUGAAUUACAUGUUAAGCAUAUGUGUAAGGAAACCAUGUCUUUCCCCUUGAACUCACCCGGACAGCAAUCUGGAUUGAAGAUACUAGGGCAACUGACUGCUGAUUCUAACCAUCACCACAUUGUUGCCAGUUACUUUUCAGAGCUUUUCCACUUGCUAUCCCUGGGAAAUCGUAAAACCAGAAAUCUUGUUUUAAAAGUACUUUUGAAUAUGUCUGAAAAUCCAGCUGCAGCCAGAGACAUGAUCAAUACAAAGGCCUUAGCAGCAUUAAAACUCAUCUUUAACCAGAAAGAGGCAAAAGCCAAUCUCGUUAGUGCUGUGGCCAUAUUUAUUAACAUAAAGGAGCAUAUCAGAAAGGGUUCAGUUGUAGUUGUUGAUCACUUGAGUUACAAUACACUGAUGGCCAUUUUCCGUGAAGUUAAAGUAAUUAUUGAAACAAUGUAAAAUGAGCCAGAAAUAAAAGUGAACACUUUGAACAAUCUAAUAGGCUGUGUAUUCCUAAAGAGCCUUGCAUAAUAUUUUGAUUAUUACAGUGUACACAUUAUAAAUCACAUCUGUAAUGUGACAUUACCUGCGACAGUCUCUAGGUUUGAGCUAGACCAUUUUUGAGAUAUCAAAUGAAUAUUGCACUGUAAGCUGAAAACAUCUGUUGAUUUUUAUCUUGUGUAGAUGGGCAACUUUUUAACAUUUUACUUAAGAUAGUGAACCAGUUCAUCUUAAGUAGGCUAAACUUAUUCGUUAGUAUUUGCUUAGAUCUAUUUGUGGCUUCAAAUGGCAAAAAAAAAGAAGAUAUCAUUGAAUUUGUUAUCUAGUUGCAGAAAUAAAGCAUAUGCCCACAAAAAGAUAACCAACAGCACUCACAUAUAUCCAUACAUACACACAUUCAUUGCUGAAUGUGCACUCAACAUGUAAAGGCAGGAGUUGCUAUAGGCUGUUUAAUGUAAGAGGAAUUACUGUUUUUCCCUUAUUCUGCCUUCAUCAGAUAAUUCAUGGUAGGAAUUAUAACCACUGGUGUAAAAUGAAGAGAAUGUCUGUGUGUGUGAAAAUAUUAGGUUAUAUGCUUUGAGAUUUCUCAAUAGCUAAGAAACUAAAACAAGAUCAUACUGUAAAUACUGUUUGUAACUUGCUUUUUUCCCCACUGUGUAUUGUGAGCAUCUUUCCAUAUCAAUAAAUGUGCUUCUAUAACAUA